CUUGGUGGGAUGGGGGGAAAAGGCUUCCCUUUGGCUUGCCUGUGAGUGGGAUCUCUUCUUCCUCCCCCAGAGCCCCUGCCCUCUUCCGCCGACAGCGAGAAAGCACGCGGCGCACAGCAACACGUCCCUGCCGUUCCUUUUGACUCCGGGGAUCCCUCUCCUCCUUGCCUGCCGAGGAACCCACUAGCUUCCUACUACUUCCCCUCCGUCCUCUCGAUCCCUCUCCCCGUUCCCUUGACCACCCGAGCAUCAAGUGGCGGGGAGGGAACGCGGCGGCGCGGGCGAGGACCGAUGGAGAAGGGGAGCGCGCCGGCGAUGGCCCUGGCGCUCGCCAUGCUUCUCGCCUGCUCCAGCAUCGCUGCCGUCACGGCGCAGGAGACCGAGCGGAUCGAAGGAAGCGCUGGUGAUGUGUUAGAAGAUAACCCUGUUGGGAGGCUCAAGGUCUUUGUCUAUGAUCUCCCCAGCAAAUACAACAAGAAGCUGCUGAAGAAGGAUCCUAGGUGCCUGAACCACAUGUUUGCCGCCGAGAUCUUCAUGCACAGGUUCCUGUUGUCGAGUGCUGUCCGAACUUUUAAUCCUGAGGAAGCAGAUUGGUUCUACACGCCCGUAUACACGACAUGCGAUCUCACCCCCAAGGGUCUUCCCUUGCCUUUCAAGUCUCCUCGAAUGAUGCGCAGCGCGAUCCAGCUGAUUGCUACGAAUUGGCCUUACUGGAAUAGAUCAGAGGGCGCUGAUCAUUUCUUUGUCACGCCCCAUGACUUUGGUGCUUGCUUUCAUUAUCAGGAAGAAAAAGCAAUCGGACGGGGAAUCCUUCCCUUGCUUCAGCGUGCUACGCUGGUUCAGACCUUCGGACAGAAGAACCAUGUCUGCCUGAAGGAUGGGUCCAUCACCAUCCCACCAUACGCGCCUCCUCAGAAGAUGCAGACUCACCUUAUCCCUGCAGACACCCCUCGAUCCAUCUUCGUGUACUUCCGAGGUCUGUUCUAUGACACCGGCAAUGACCCCGAGGGUGGUUAUUAUGCGAGAGGUGCUCGCGCGUCGGUCUGGGAGAACUUCAAGAACAACCCGCUGUUUGACAUCUCGACCGACCACCCACCGACAUACUACGAAGACAUGCAGCGCUCCGUGUUCUGCCUCUGCCCGUUGGGCUGGGCACCGUGGAGUCCCAGGCUGGUGGAGGCCGUGGUCUUCGGCUGCAUCCCGGUGAUCAUCGCAGACGACAUCGUCCUUCCCUUCGCGGACGCCAUCCCGUGGGAGGAGAUCGGCGUCUUUGUCGCCGAGGAGGAUGUCCCGCGGCUGGACAGCAUCCUGACGUCCAUUCCCACGGACGUCGUGCUGAGGAAGCAACGGCUCCUCGCGAACCCGUCUAUGAAGCAGGCCAUGCUGUUCCCACAGCCUGCUCAAGCAGGAGACGCGUUCCACCAGAUUCUGAACGGUCUCGCGCGCAAGCUCCCGCACGGUAGCAAUGUGUUCCUGAAGCCCGGUGAGAGGGCCCUGAACUGGACAGCCGGACCACCAGGCGACCUCAAGCCUUGGUAGCGUCUUGUGGAUGGAUAUGACCUCUUCUCUGGAAAGGAAGUAUGGACAACAUGAUUAAUAUACCUGUGCCUUUGAACUGCCAUGGGUGCACAUAGUGCUGACCACAAGCCAAAUGUACAUUUUUUUUGUAUGUUUUUUUCUUCUAUCUACAACUGUUACAUAUAUAUCUUCAUUUCUUUUUUUCUCUUUCCCAUUUGCUUGAUGAUAUAAGAGUUCCAAACCCUGUCGACCAUGUGUGGAUAUAUCAUAAAUGGAAUUUACAAGAUUGUACUGCUCGUU